CUGAGUCGAGUUACCACGUCAGUGAGCUGACAGGGAAGGUAGCCGGCUUCACCGCCCGUUCCGGCCCACUGUUCCCGGCCGACUGUGUGGCCCCUGGCUUUGGCCUUAACUUCCAGGAAGCGAGCUCCUUCCCUUAUCCCACCUGCCACCAGAAUCGGGAGGGCUAUUCGGAGUCGGCUUCGGGACCCGGGCUGUCAUGAGCUGUGGCUGCUGGUCCUGGGACUAGGCCCCGCCAUUUUGGAUCCGCUGACAGGUUUUCCAGGAUGGUGGAUAAGAAUAUUUACAUCAUUCAAGGAGAGAUUAAUAUCGUGGUUGGGGCCAUCAAACGAAAUGCCCGAUGGAGCACCCAUACUCCUCUGGAUGAAGAACGGGAUCCCCUGUUGCAUAGUUUUAGUCAUCUAAAGGAGGUUUUAAACAAUAUAACAGAACUCUCAGAAAUUGAGCCCAAUGUGUUCCUGCGUCCAUUUUUGGAAGUGAUUCGUUCUGAAGAUACCACUGGCCCUAUCACUGGACUGGCACUCACCUCUGUCAACAAAUUCUUGUCCUAUGCACUCAUAGAUCCUGCUCAUGAGGGCACAGCAGAGGGCAUGGAGAACAUGGCAGAUGCUGUCACCCAUGCCCGUUUUGUGGGCACCGAUCCUGCCAGCGAUGAGGUUGUCCUGAUGAAAAUCCUUCAGGUGCUGCGAACUCUGUUGCUGACCCCAGUGGGUGCCCACUUAACCAAUGAAUCUGUGUGUGAGAUUAUGCAGUCUUGCUUCAGGAUCUGCUUUGAAAUGAGGCUCAGUGAGUUAUUGAGAAAAUCCGCAGAGCACACUCUCGUAGACAUGGUGCAGCUGCUCUUCACAAGGUUACCUCAAUUUAAAGAAGAGCCCAAGAACUAUGUGGGGACCAACAUGAAGAAGAUUUCUCCAUGUCUCCUCAACAAACUGGAGCUAAGUAGUGGGGAGCAGACCAAAGCCCUGAACCAGUUAGAGAGGGUACUACUCUUUAAGAACCUCAAGCUGAAAAUGAGAGCAGGAGGCAUGAGUGAUUCAUCCAAGUGGAAGAAACAGAAGAGAUCUCCUCGGCCCCCUCGCCAUAUGACCAAAGUUACACCAGGUUCAGAACAGCCCACUCCCAAUGGAACUAAUUUAUCCUCUAAUCUCACUGGAGGCAUGCCCUUCAUUGAUGUACCCACUCCCAUCUCUUCUGCAAGUUCAGAAGCUGCCUCAGCAGUGGUCAGCCCCUCUACAGACAGUGGUAUAGAGUUCUCCUCCCAGACCACCUCCAAGGAAGACCUCACUGAUCUGGAGCAGCCCAGCUCUCCAGGGUACAGCACAGCUGCAGAGCCUAGCAGCAGUGAGCUAGGAGUUCCUGAGCAGCCUGACCCCCAGCAGGAAGGGGUCCAUGUGGAAAAGGCCCAGUCAACAUCCGUGGAAUCCAUUCCUGAAGUGUUAGAGGAGUGCACAUCACCUGCUGAUCACUCUGACUCUGCCUCUGUCCAUGACAUGGAUUACGUCAAUCCCCGGGGUGUACGCUUUACACAGUCCUCCCAAAAAGAAGGUACAGCUUUGGUCCCCUAUGGUCUUCCCUGCAUCCGUGAACUCUUCCGCUUCCUCAUCUCCCUCACCAAUCCACAUGACCGCCACAACUCAGAGGUUAUGAUACACAUGGGACUGCAUUUACUGACAGUGGCUCUUGAGUCAGCACCUGUAGCACAGUGCCAAACCCUCUUGGGCCUCAUCAAGGAUGAGAUGUGUCGCCACUUAUUCCAGCUACUCAGUGUAGAGCGACUGAACCUUUAUGCUGCUUCCCUACGGGUAUGCUUCCUACUGUUUGAGAGCAUGAGGGAGCACCUCAAGUUCCAAUUGGAGAUGUACAUCAAAAAGCUGAUGGAGAUCAUCACUGUGGAAAACCCCAAGAUGCCUUAUGAAAUGAAGGAGAUGGCACUGGAGGCUAUUGUGCAACUCUGGCACAUCCCCAGUUUUGUCACUGAGCUCUACAUCAACUAUGAUUGUGACUACUACUGUUCCAACCUCUUUGAGGAUCUCACCAAGUUGCUGUCCAAGAAUGCCUUCCCUGUGUCCGGUCAGCUCUAUACAACACACCUACUGUCUCUUGAUGCCCUGUUGACAGUGAUUGACAGCACCGAAGGCCAUUGCCAGGCUAAAGUUAACAACCUCACCCAGCAGGAGAAGAAAGAGGCAAACAGACCUAGCUAUGAAGCAGCAGAUAGCACCCGAGAAGGCAGCAAUACUGAGAAAGCAGCCAGUGAUGGGAAAGCUGUAGGCAUGGCCCCAGACAUUCCAGGCCUGACUCUGCCAAGUGGAGGGCGGCUGCCAGCAGAACAUGGGAAGCCAGGAUGCAGUGAUCUGGUGGAAACUGGUGACUCUGGGGCUGACAAAAAGUUUACCCGGAAGCCACCUCGAUUUUCCUGCCUUUUGCCAGAUCCACAGGAACUGAUUGAAAUUAAAAACAAAAAGAAGCUGCUGAUCACUGGCACAGAGCAGUUCAAUCAGAAACCAAAGAAGGGGAUCCAGUUUCUGCAGGAGAAAGGACUCCUCACCAUCCCAAUGGAUAACACAGAGGUAGCCCAAUGGCUCCGAGAAAACCCUCGGCUAGACAAGAAAAUGAUUGGAGAGUUUGUGAGUGAUCGCAAAAACAUUGACCUGUUGGAGAGUUUUGUGAGUACCUUCAGCUUUCAGGGUCUACGGCUAGAUGAAGCUCUCCGCCUCUAUCUGGAAGCCUUCCGCUUGCCUGGGGAAGCACCAGUCAUCCACAGGUUACUGGAGGCAUUCACAGAGCAUUGGAGGAAUUGUAAUGGCUCCCCAUUUGCCAAUAGCGAUGCCUGCUUUGCCCUGGCCUAUGCUGUCAUCAUGCUUAAUACUGACCAGCAUAAUCACAACGUUCGCAAACAGAAUGCACCCAUGACACUGGAGGAGUUUCGAAAAAACCUAAAAGGUGUGAAUGGAGGCAAAGAUUUUGAGCAAGACAUCCUGGAAGACAUGUACCAUGCCAUCAAGAAUGAGGAAAUUGUGAUGCCUGAGGAGCAGACAGGCUUGGUUCGGGAGAACUAUGUAUGGAAUGUGCUUCUUCAUCGAGGUGCCACCCCAGAGGGCAUAUUCUUGCGUGUGCCUGCCGGCAGCUAUGAUCUUGACCUCUUCACCAUGACCUGGGGCCCCACUAUUGCUGCACUUUCUUAUGUCUUUGACAAAAGCCUUGAGGAGACCAUCAUCCAAAAAGCCAUCUCAGGCUUCAGGAAAUGUGCCAUGAUCUCCGCCCACUAUGGCCUCAGCGAUGUGUUUGACAAUCUCAUCAUCUCCUUGUGCAAAUUCACAGCUCUCAGCAGUGAGUCUAUUGAGAACCUGCCCAGUGUGUUUGGAAGCAACCCUAAAGCCCACAUUGCAGCCAAGACAGUAUUCCAUUUGGCCCACCGUCAUGGUGACAUCUUGAGAGAGGGCUGGAAGAAUAUCAUGGAAGCCAUGCUGCAGCUCUUUCGAGCCCAACUGCUACCCAAGGCUAUGAUAGAGGUAGAAGAUUUUGUGGAUCCCAAUGGCAAAAUAUCACUACAGCGGGAAGAGAUACCAUCAAACCGAGGAGAAUCAACAGUGCUGAGUUUCGUGAGCUGGCUGACACUAAGUGGUACUGAGCAGUCUAGUGUACGGGGACCAUCCACUGAAAACCAGGAGGCCAAGAGAGUGGCCUUGGACUGUAUCAAGCAAUGUGACCCAGAAAAGAUGAUCACAGAAAGCAAGUUCCUCCAGCUAGAAUCACUGCAAGAGCUGAUGAAGGCUCUAGUCUCAGUGACACCGGAUGAAGAGACAUAUGAUGAGGAGGAUGCUGCUUUCUGCCUGGAGAUGCUACUGAGGAUUGUGCUGGAGAACAGGGACCGUGUGGGCUGUGUGUGGCAGACUGUUCGAGACCAUCUAUACCACCUGUGUGUCCAGGCACAGGAUUUCUGCUUUCUUGUGGAGCGGGCUGUGGUGGGGCUGUUGCGCCUGGCCAUUCGGUUACUCCGGAGAGAAGAGAUCAGUGGCCAGGUACUGCUCUCCCUGCGCAUUUUGCUACUAAUGAAGCCCAGUGUGCUGUCCCGGGCCAGUCACCAGGUAGCCUAUGGCCUCCAUGAACUCCUCAAGACAAAUGCAGCCAACAUCCACUCAGGUGAUGACUGGGCCACCCUCUUCACGCUGCUGGAAUGCAUUGGCUCAGGUGUGAAGCCUCCAGCAGCCCUGCAGGCCACAGCCAGGGCCGAUGCACCUGAUGCUGGAGCUCAAUCAGACAGCGAACUCUCUUCCUUCCAUCAAAAUGAUGUGAGUCUGGACCGAGGGUAUACUUCUGACUCAGAGGUCUACACUGACCAUGGCAGACCUGGCAAGAUCCACCGAUCAGCAACAGAUGCUGAUGUGGUCAACAGCGGUUGGUUAAUGGUGGGGAAGGAUGACAUCGAUAAUUCCAAACCAGGGCCUGGGUCCAGCCGGCCAGGCUCCUCACCCCUAGUCAAUCAGUACAGCCUAACAGUGGGGCUGGAUCUUGGGCCACAUGACACUAAGUCCCUGCUUAAGUGUGUGGAAUCGCUGUCCUUUAUCGUGCGUGAUGCUGCCCAUAUCACACCUGACAACUUUGAGCUCUGCGUCAAGACUCUGCGCAUCUUUGUGGAGGCCAGUCUGAAUGGCGGGUGCAAGUCCCAGGAGAAACGUGGCAAGAGUCACAAAUAUGACAGCAAAGGGAACCGCUUCAAGAAGAAAUCCAAGGAGGGCUCAGUGCUUCGACGACCUCGAACAUCCAGCCAACAUGCCACCCGGUGCGGCCAUAGCGAUGACGAUGACGAUGAAGGCGUGCCUGCUAGCUACCAUACGGUGUCUUUACAGGUCAGUCAGGACUUGCUAGACCUGAUGCACACGCUGCACACGCGGGCGGCCUCCAUCUAUAGCUCAUGGGCAGAGGAGCAGCGCCACCUGGAGACAGGGGGCCGGAAGAUUGAAGCUGACUCACGCACUCUCUGGGCCCACUGCUGGUGCCCUUUACUGCAGGGCAUUGCCUGUCUGUGCUGCGAUGCCCGGCGCCAGGUACGGAUGCAGGCACUGACCUAUCUGCAGCGAGCACUACUGGUACAUGAUCUACAGAAGCUAGACGCUCUGGAAUGGGAGUCCUGUUUUAACAAGGUGCUGUUUCCUCUAUUGACCAAGCUCUUGGAGAAUAUAAGCCCUGCAGAUGUGGGCGGGAUGGAGGAGACCCGGAUGAGGGCCUCUACAUUGCUCUCUAAGGUCUUCCUACAGCACCUGUCUCCACUGCUGUCACUCUCUACCUUUGCGGCCCUCUGGCUGACCAUCCUGGACUUCAUGGACAAGUACAUGCACGCAGGCUCAAGUGACUUACUGUCAGAGGCCAUUCCUGAAUCUCUGAAGAACAUGCUCCUGGUGAUGGACACGGCAGCAAUUUUCCACAGUGCAGAUGCUCGAGGAGGCAGCCCUUCAGCCCUCUGGGAGAUCACCUGGGAACGUAUUGACUGUUUUCUGCCCCACCUGCGAGAUGAACUUUUCAAGCAGACUGUCAUCCAGGACCCCAUGCCCGUGGAACCUCAUGCCACAAAACCUUUGGCUUCAACCCACCUGACUCCUGCUGCUGGUGACACCAAGACACCUGGCCAUCCACCUCCCCCAGAGAUGCCCUCUGAACUGGGGGCCUUAGCUUUUGAGUCAGAACACCAUGUUAUUAGGAUACCUGCAGUUUGGGCCUUGCGUGAACAGAAGGGAGGCUGAGCCUACCAAAAGUCUGAUAUACCUGGCUCUUGGCCACCAGCCAGCCAGAUACGAUAAUUUCACCACUGCUGCCAUCACCACCACAGCAGUGCACCUUUGUCAUCAGGAACAUUCCAGGAAUUUGGGGAGUUAUCCUCUUCACUAAAUGCUCCAAGGAUACAUCUGAGACCACCUGGACUGGGGUCAGAGGCAAGAUGAACCAGAGGGAAGAUGAACCUUGGAAAUGGGAAACAGCCUGGUGUGGAAAAAUGCUGACAUGAGUCCUGAAGCUCAUCUUCCAUCUUCCCUGGUUUCCAUUACUAAACAAACUUUGCCUGACCCUGCCACUGGGAAAAUCAGGAGUAUGACUAUGCUCCUAAUCUGCACCUUCCAGUAUGAGUGCAGAAAAACCUGGAUUAUAUAUGAGUGCUCUUGGCUUCAGCUAUAAUAUCUUUGUUCUCCCAUCUGAGCCCCACAAUUUCUACCUUUAGAAGCUUCCUUUUGUUUCCCUGUAGAAGUAGUGUUGACAGCUGUAAAGAAGUUUGAAGGGCAUCCUAUGGCAAAAGAAUAUGAGUAUUCUGUCCCUUGGUUGAUCUACAAAUAGUAAGGAAGAAGCUGCAGUGAUUGCAAACUGACCCUUGCUAAGUAGCAAAGAAAAGUGUGUGAUUUGUCAGAAAUCUCAUUCUGAUAUACAAAGAAUAGCUGACACAUACAUGACUGUGUCAUUGAUGGUGGUGUCUCUGAGAAGUAAGGGAAGCUACUAGAGAAACUAAUAUUCAGGCCUUAAUUCUGAUCAACAAGAAAGAAUGAUGAUGUGGAAGUGACAAAAAAAUCUUUGGGAAAGUAAUAGUGGAUUAAGAGGGAAAUGCUAAUCUUAUUGACGUUCCUACAAGAAUUCAAAUAACAUUUCAGAAAGUUCAAAGGAAAACUAGAGACCUAAGACCUGAACAUGGAGAAGUGACAUUGUUAUAACACCUCUGUGUGUUAAUAAGUACAUUACCCAAACAAACUUGUGGUGUAAGAGGUGUUUACUCUUAAAAAUGAGGAAACAGAUUCAGAGAGAGAAAGUCAUGAACUAGGGAGUUGGGACUCAAACCCUGGUCUGACUUAACUCUAAACCUCAUGGGCUUUCCUAUGAUGCUUCAAUUCAAAAAGGAGGGAGUGCAGAAACUCUUCAAAGCUACUUACAUUUGCUGUAACUUCUACGAAAUGAAAGGUUGAGCACUGAAGAAACAGGCUGCUACCUAGUAAGCUAAGAGUUCACUACAAAAUCACACACAAUCAAGAACAAGUGUGCAUUUUCUAAGUAUAUAAUAUCAGAAGAAUAAUAAUUACAGAAUUAUCUACAGUGGGUACAUAUGUCUCUUCCCUCCCCAUCCCCCCAAAUGUUGGGAACAACAAAAAAUGUGGCUCUCUGAGCCCUGGACUAUUUACCUUGCUCAGGACUCACUGUGGCUGUGAGAAAGCAUCCCCUGGGCUUCAGUUGAGGAGGAGAAAAACCUUUAGUUCAA